AAUCUAAACAAAAUCAGAAAGUCACAGUCCACACUCAUAUUAUGUAAUAUUAAUUUACAAUUAUAAAGCAAUCAUCUCACUUCUCAGUUCUCAGCCUAAGAUUUGGUACCAGAAAGGUCUUACCAACCAACCUCCACGUUAAUCUACAGCAGCAAUGGGAACAGAGUUCGACCCGGCAUUCAUUCAAGCACCAGAGCACAGGCCCAAGCCCACAAUCCUCGAAGCCCAAGGAAUACCAUUGAUCGACCUUUCGACCGGGCCCAUCGAUGACCUCGCCAAGGAGAUCGGCGACGCCUGCAGAAAGUGGGGUUUCUUUCAAGUGAUCAACCAUGGAGUUUCGCCUGAGAGUCGACGGAAGAUUGAGUCAGCGGCGAGGGAGUUCUUUGCGAGGCCACAGGAAGAGAAGAUGAGAGUGAAGAGGGACGAGGUCAGAGUUUUGGGAUACUACGAUACCGAACAUACAAAGAACGUUAGGGAUUGGAAGGAGGUCUUUGAUUUUGUGGUGGAGGAUCCAACCUUUGUUCCGGCAACGAUAGAUCCUGAUGAUCAAAAAGUUACAACGUGGCAUAAUCAAUGGCCCGAUCAGAAUCCUCACGUGUUAAGGGAGGCAUGUGAAGAGUAUGGUAGAGAGGUUGAAAAGCUCUCGAUCAAGUUGAUGGAACUAAUUGCCAUAAGCUUAGGCUUAGAAGCAAACAGGUUCAAUGACUUCUUCAAAGACCAAACAAGCUUCAUCCGGCUCAAUCACUAUCCACCAUGCCCUAAUCCUCACCUUGCUCUCGGCGUUGGACGCCACAAGGAUGCCGGUGCGCUGACAAUCCUAGCUCAAGAUGAUGUUGGAGGUCUUGAAGUUAAGAGAAAGAGUGAUGGAGAGUGGAUUCGUGUCAAACCAACACCCCAUGCUUUUAUCAUCAACGUUGGUGAUAUAAUUCAGGUUUGGAGCAAUGAAAGAUACGAGAGCGUCGAGCACAGAGUGAUGGUCAAUUCUGAAAGAGAGAGGUUUUCGAUACCCUUCUUCCUCAAUCCAGCACACUACACAAUGGUCAAGCCUUUGGAAGAGAUGACUGACGAUCAGAAUCCUCCAAAAUAUAAAGCAUAUAACUGGGGAAAGUUCUUUACUACAAGAAAAGGCAGUAACUUCAGAAAACUUGAUGUUGAAAACAUUCAAAUUUAUCAUUUCAAGGUAUCUAAGUGAGCAGAGCAGGCCAGACAAUUACUGUAGAUUAAGUUUUAUAUAUAAUAAUAAUUAUAAAUAAUGUAUCCUAUAUGGAGUAGAAGUAAUUAAUAAAAAUGGUGUUUUCUUCUCAGUA